AUAGUUAAAGUAUAUACAUACAUCAAAAUUAUAUAUUUUUUAUAAAAAAAAAAAAAUUAUUUAUAAAACGUAUUAUCAUUUAUACUGAGAAAGGAACAAUUUUUGCAUAAUUUUCAUGUGCUGUACUUUUUAGUAAAAUUUAUGGAAAUGUUAUUAUUGCAUAUUCUAUUCUAUUGAAAAGAAUUAUAUUUUAUUUAAUAGAAUAUUUUUAUAGGAAAUUUACUCUGCAAAAAACAUUUUAAUUUUUUAUUAUACUAUUUUUACCAUUUACUAAAACUAAACGUUAUCGUAGCGCGUAUUUUAACAAAACGUUAAUUUUCAAUUCGUGAAAAAAAAGCCAUUUAGGAAUAUUAAAGAAAUGCUAAAAAAUGAAGGAACAAAGCAAUAAAUUUUCUCUUUUCAAAGUCUUCACAUACAAUGUGUUAAUAUGGAGUUGGGAGUACUACUCCAAUGGGACCGCCCCCCUCUGCAGCUCUUUCGAUGGCCAGUUCUCACAAAACAGUAUUGUAGGCAAUAGAGCUGGAAGAAUAUUAAAGGGAGAAACCGAUGUGUUGGCUCAAAGGAAAUCUAAUGUCAUUAAGGCAAAACUGUUAGAUGUUGUAAACGAAAGUGAUGGCAAUUUUGAAUCCAGGGCAAAAUCACUUAUGAAAGAUGAUGGCUUUAAAAACGAUUUUAAAUCCUUAAUGAAAAGCGAAAAGUUAGGAAAAUCAUCCAAUUUGUAUAGUACCCGCAGCAGUAAGAGAAGAGCUCCAUCAGAAUUCAGAUACAGCCCAAGCAUAGCAGGAUCAUACGAAUCUGAGGGAUCAUUAAUAUCAGAUGGAACAUUCGCAUCAGAGGGAUCAUUAAUAUCAGAUGGAACAUUCGCAUCAGAGGGAUCAUUAAUAUCAGAUGGAACAUUCGCAUCAGAGGGAUCAUUAAUAUCAGAUGGAACAUUCGCAUCAGAGGGAUCAUUAAUAUCAGAUGGAACAUUCGCAUCAGAGGGAUCAUUAAUAUCAGAUGGAACAUUCGCAUCAGAGGGAUCAUUAAUAUCAGAUGGAACAUUCGCAUCUGAGGGAUCAUUAGCAUCAGAGGGAACAUUCGCAUCUGAGGGAUCGUUAGCAUCAACGGGAACAUACACAUCAGAAGGAUCAUUAGCAUCAACGGGAACAUACACAUCAGAAGGAUCAUUAGCAUCAACGGGAACAUACACAUCAGAAGGAUCAUUAGCAUCCACGGGAACAUUCGCAUCAGAGGGAUCAUACGCAACAACCAGAUCUUCGGCUACAUCCAAAAGUUCUAGAAGUUCCAAAAGUUCUAGAAGUUCCAAAAGCUCUAGAAGCUCCAGAAGCGCUAGAAGCUCCAGAAGUUCUAAAAGCUCAAAGAGAUAUGACAAUAUGAGCAAAUCUAGAGCUUCCCUAUUAUACAACGAUUACUAUGAUGAUGCAUCCUACUGCAGUGAUGACACUGCUGAUAUGUCUACCUUAGAAAGCGAAUAUGCUUAUGAUGACGAAGCUCAAACUUCAUAUGGAUCUUCCUAUGGCAGUGAAGGACAUUCUAGUACAGAUCGAUCUGAUGUAACCUCCAGGUAUAGUGGCUCCACUGAUGACGAAUCAGUUAGAUAUUUCAAAAGAAGAAAGUCAAGAAAACCAAAAUAUGAUUACAUUGAUGCACCCCAAGAAGGUAAAUCAGAAAAAUGUGCAGUAUCAUGCGUAAUGAAAUUCCUUAAAAAAUCUGAUGCCAUGUACGAAACUGAACUUCUCAAUUUUCUGACCACCAACUACAAAGGCCACAUGAAAGGAGGACCAGUUGCUAGAAAAAAAUACACCAAACUGUUUACUAUUGCUUCCCCAGUCAUCGUAAACAUCGUCUUCAUAAUCAUAUCCGUACUGGUAACAUCUGAUGCCGGUUUGAUAUCAUCCAUGAUCCUUUUACUCUUAUCAAUAGUAUACGUAUUCCGUAAACUGAAAAAGUGCAGAAAAAUGUGCCAUCGUUACGGAACCGAAGAAAAAAAUGCCAGAAGAAGGCUAAAGCACUACAUGCAUUAAAAAAAAAAGAAAAGAACAACAACAGGUAGACGUAGAAGCAGAAGAAGAAGCAGUUUCAAGAAAUACUUAAAAUGAACAAAAUGUAUCAUAUAUAAAGCCAUGA